GCAACGAGUGAGACAGAGAAAAAGUAUUGGUGGGGAGUUAUGUGUGUGUGUGUGUGUGUGUGAAAAAAUGACAGCAGAGAUAUGUUGCGAUCUGUCUUGACAUCGGGAACGUGCGUGGCUUUCAUUCCUAUGGCGAAAUAGCAAUAAAUACGCUUGAUCGGUGGCGCGACGAAGAGCGGAGCGUGCACGGGAUUGGUUAUGCGGCCGCACGCACUUGCACGGCCUCCACGGAACUCACGCGCUCGCGUCGCCGCUAUCGUCGCUAUCGAUCACGCUCGUGUGCGCGUACACGCGGCGCGCCGCCAUGUUUAAUCGCGAGCAGCGAACGAUCGGGUUGAUCGGCGAGUGUACCCGACGUUCGUACCACGUGAUCGUGGUUUACAAACGGCCGUUGUGACAAACUGCCCCUGUGAGCGUGCGUGUGUGUGUGUAUAUAUAUAAUACGUGCGCUUGCACGCACGCGACACAUACGUGGAAUUGACGCGCGGUGAAGAGUGGUGAAAAGGGAACGCCGCGCGACGCCUCCGCGGGAGGUAAGGCCUGGGAAUCACCUGGAACCGUCGGCCGCAGAUUCCUACAAUCCUACCGGAUCGCGACGUGUCGCUGAUCUUUAAACUACGGCGCCGCAAAUCGGUGUGUGGUGUGUGUGUGUGUGUGUAUAUGCGUAUGUACAUGUGUAUAUGCGUGUGUGCGGCCAGUGCGGCGUACGUGCGGUGUAUGCGCGAUUACCGUUUUCCGUGGGGAUGUCACGUUUACCUUGCCCUCAUCGCUGAGUAAAUUGCGCUGGAUCAAGGAGAAUCGUUCACCUGCCGUUCGAUGCCUUAAUUAGGUUUACCUCUUAAUCAUUGUACAUAGGUAUUCCAAGUUUGUAUAAGCUAGAACGGAAAUAAGUAACGAUACAGAUGUUAUUGCACUCCACUAUAAUUGUAUGGGUAUUCAUGAGGAACAUGGAUGACAAUGGUAAUUUUAUGGGUCGUUAUCUAUGUAGUUCAAAAAUGAGAAUAUGAAGAGUAGUGGCCAGAAAGAGGAAUCCGUUGACAAAAAAAGAUAUGUUUUCUUCUCGGACCCAGAUGUUAUUGCCAAACGUGCCGAGACCUCAGCUGUUGCAGCACAGAUUACCCGAGAAAUCGAGGGGCAACAGAAGACUCUCGAAGAGCAAUCAAUUGACUUGCAAGAGCCCGCAAUUGGCGUAAAGAGCUUGAAAAAUUUGCUAUCCUAUUAUCCUGUACAGCCAUAUCCUUUUACAUUUAUUAGCGCAGUGAAACAAAAGCUCGCUUUAGAAGAUCAUAUUGAUACCGGCGCCAUAUCACGUGAUUUGAGUUCCCCAACAAAAACCAGUUUGGCUUCUUCGAUAUUGAAAGCGACUAGUGCACAAAAUCAAAUUGUACAAAAAAUGGACUUCAUCAAACCGCUGAAAGUGCCCGAUCUGAAAAUUUCUCCAAAAACACUGGAUUUCUCCAGCAGAGAAAAUUCCAUUUCGAAGGAGCUGCUGCCUUCGGCAAAGUCUGAAAUAGCUGCAAAGGAAUUUGCGCAUGACAGAUCUGAUAAAGGCCUAAGAACUGGUGAAAGAGUACAGAGAAAAUUAGACUUCUCCUCAGAUGGAUCGUCAUUUAUUAAUUGCGAGACCAUAGAACCAUUGAAAGCGCCAAAUGUUUCCAUAGCGUCUAAUUUAAGCAAGAAAAAGGAACAAGUUCGAGAUGGCUCUAGAGAGAAGGACAGAGAGAAGGAAAACAGAUCUAAGAGGAUGAAAAAGGAUGAUUCUUUGGGUGUAAAGAGGGACGAGUCCAUGCAAGAUCAAGUGAGACGCAGUCGAAGUCCGAGACACGUCUCUAGGAAAGAUGCCAGCGAUGUAAGCAACAUAAAAUUAUCAAAAAAUGACAGAUCCUUCCAUGUUACAAAACUUAAUGACUUUUUAUCGAUAAAAUCAAAAGAUAAGAAUUUUGUAGCAUCUACUGCUAAGAAAGACAGUGACAAAAGACAGAGAUCCUUUAAUGCACAGUCUGUGGAAUUGACGAAAGACAAUCCUCCGGAAUCUAAAAUUCGAAUAUCUAGCAACGAAUCAUCGGUCUUUCCAGCUUGGAAAGUGCUGGAUAAAGUUACAUUGAGAGAUAAUAACAUGGGCGUUUCAUCUAGUACUUCUUCUGAAAGUAAAUCUAAAGACAUAAGCCACUAUUUUUUAAAGCAAAAGUCGGAAAUGGAAGACAUGAAACAUAAAUCUGACUCAGAUAAUAGACUGUUGAAAGACAAAUUAAAUACUAUCUAUAAGGAGCAAACGAAGAGAGUGCCUGAUAAAAGUAAGCUGUUGAGUAACAAAGGCGAAGAUAAACUACACAGCGUCAAUUCAGAGCCGUCAGAAGACGUUGAAUUUAUAUCCGAAACAAAUAAUUCCAGGAGUCGUAUGAGUGUUUAUCCUACGAGUUCUACACAGCCAUCAAAGAGCAAAGAUCUCGAAACGGCUAUGGAAAGUAAACAGACCAUUAAUUCUGCCAGGUCAACGAAAACUUCAACAGAGAAUUUCAAAUAUACAGAACAUUCUGUGACACAGUCUGCGAGUACAAGCGUUACAAAAGACGAGGAAUCGUGUUCUCAGAGCAUUAUUGCAACUAAGGAAACGUCCAUUAACGACGAUUCAAAUGAUGUGGACGACAGUACACUGCCGGAGACAUUGUUUGAUCCUAGAAGAAUCUCUCUCAGAGACGGCUACUCCCAGCCAGAAUUUCAUAAUUUAAUGACGCCAGAAAAAAUGAAUCUUAUGUUUAGAUCUAAACGAAGAAGACACUUGACGCAGAGCAGCGAUUCGGAAGCGGAUGCGAGAUGCUCGAAGUACAAACCGACGAUAAUAAAUUCUGAGAAGGAGCAAGAGGAGGUACAAUUGAUACAUCCAACAGCUUUGCAUAUGCAAUUUCAGGCAGAGCUACAUCUUUACGAUUCUUACAAUGAGUCCCUCCGACAAGUAAUGGAUGUUGAAAAGUGUUUGUACAACACGAAAUGCGAGAUGCAAGAACAGAAGAAUUCACAGAAAGCCGAUGAAAAGGAUGAAGAGAAAGACGUGCAAAUCGUAGAAGACUGUGCAGCUGUUGCAAUCGAUACCGAUGCUGUGCUUGAGAAAACAACGUGGAAUCCAGCUGAUUAUAUAAAAAAAGAUAUCGCCGAGCCUCGAAAAUCAAGCGAUGAGGCGUAUUUCAGUAGAGAUCAUUACAUUCCAAACCAAGGCAACGUCGAUGAAUCGAAUUAUGGAUUUAAUUAUGGAAAGUUUAAUAAAGCGCCGGUCAAAGUGGCGGAGGUGCAAACGCAGACGGUGAACGAUAUAGCGACCCAAACGGAUAUAUCGGCGGACGAACGAAACGCGCAAAAUAAAUUGUCGGAGAGCCGUGAUAACGCGUACGAAUCAUUUUUGAGGGAAAACGAAGUCCCCCAGCUGUCCUUGAAUUCGGCCGAACAAUUCGAAGAUCUGGGUCAAAUAGAAGAGAUAUCGGUGCCCAGCAGAAUAAGGACCAUGUCGGAGAUUAGUUUGCACGAAACUACCUCGUCGAUAAAAACGGAAACCGGGACUGAAAUUAGCAUCUCGACUCGAGGUGUUACGUGUUCUUUUAAUCAGUAUAUAGGUUCAGAGAUUGCACGACUCUUGAGAGAUGAAAAUAAACGAAGCUAUCAAAUCGAAGAGUUGUUCAAGUUUCGGGAAAAAACAUUAAAUGACAAAACUAAGAAAUUGGCGCAGCUGGAAGAGCAAAAACGCGCGUUGAAAGAUACUGGACAGGACAGCCGUCCUGUGAGAAAAAAACAAAGAGCGCUGCUUCUGAAGCUACAACAAGAGAAGGAUGAAAUUCAGAGAUUAAAAUUGUUAUACGAAAUUACAAGCCAAGAACGAAAGCGCAUGCUGCAAAAACAGAGGGACAUGUUUAAUUUGCAAAUGUCGACGAAGAAUAUCUUAACGAAAUUGAAGAGGACCGCGGACAGCCAAUCGCCGAGAAGAUUAUCGGGUCCUAUGAAGGGUUACGAUAUACGCAGUAAUAGCUCUAUGAGCUCCUUGAUCGAUUCGGACAAAUCUCAACACGAUCGGUCUCAGUUGGACGCACGCCUGCAAGCGUCCGAGAGCGACGCAUCCAAAUUUGACUGGCUGAAGUCCAAUAUACUUAUAAAUUUAACCGAAGAAAGCAAUACAUCCGCGGCAAGAGCCGACGAUCUGACCGAGAGUAAAGAACAGGAGAAAAGUCCCGUACAAAAGAAAAGCGAUUUAUCGAAGUACGAGCUGAGGUCUCGAAAAUACGAAGAAAAAAUGCCCAGAGCAGACGUUUUGCUACAAAAGCAAAAUCAGAGAUUGGACAUGGAGUCAAAAAUGAUGCAGGGCCAUCAUCCGAUGAUGAUAAAUAUCCGGCUCUUGGAAAAUCAGGAUCAGAUCAGACUGUCGCAAUCAAGACCAGAAGUAGAUGCGUCAGCACCUGAUUGUGUGAAAUCCGAAUCCGAUACGUUAGUGGAGGAGUUGUCGAAAAGAACGUCGAUAGCGGAAGUGUUGUCUACAGGAUCGAAGUCGUCGCAAUUAACAAAUCCCUCCAUACAAACCGUGACGGUCGCAAAGGAGAAAGAGUCCAAUGCUGUUACCGCUACCAGCGAGUCUAUAGAGGAGGAGAUAAACGCGAUGACCCAGGACACCGUUUCGAGAACGACGCAGUCACAAAUCUCCGAGAUAUCACAGACGAGCACGAGUAAGAGCUCUAAAAAAGUUGACAAGUCUAUCACGAGCGAUAGAGACAUAUCUAAAAAGCAGCAUAGUGCCGAGCUAAAAACAAGCUCGAAACGUAAAAAUUCCAAGUAUCAGAAAACGAAAUCAUCGUCCAGUAUAUCGGAAAACAUAUUGGGGUCCAAAUCAGGUUCUCAUAUACUGGAGGAGGUUGAUCAGUUUAUCAAGUAUCACGAUAAGGGAACGAAAGUGAAGAACGAAUUGCUUCAGUUAGUUAAUAGCAAGGAAGGUUCAAUCUUGGACGAGUUAGAUCUUAAUGAAAGUCAAACUUCGCUUCAGGCACUCGUUAAGAGGCAUUCGAGGAUUGUCAAGGAUAAAAGCUCGAAGUUAUCGAGCGAGUCAACGAACGAGAGUAAGGAAAACGGAUCCGCUCAAAUUUCGAGUAGAAGAUUCGAUAAGGAUGAGAGUCUUCCCAGGAACGAGCGGGAUACUCAAAAUGCAUCCAUGUCUCAGAUUAGUACUUUUGCCGUUUCCCAUCACAGUUCCGAAGAGAGCGAGAAAGAUCUCUCCAAGUCCAUAGUCGUUAGGUCGCAGGACAGACAGUUCGAACAAAUUUUGAACGCACGCGAAACCGCACUUGCAUCGCGCAAGAACUGCGUCGAGGAGUGGAUGGCGUGGCACGCAAGGUUAAGAGCAGAAGAGGAACGUGUUACUCGUAUGGAGCAGGCAGCAUUUAAACUCAUUGCAGCAGCGUCCAAUGUUUUGUGUCAGCAAGGAGGGGAGAGACGUCUGUCCUCUUUUAUAGAUACCACCGUGUCGUCUGAUACGAGCGACGUUGAGGGAAGGAUAGGACUUCUUACUGAGAAAUUAGCAGAACGACGUCUUGAAAUGGCGCGUCUGAAAAGAGAAGCAAAGAAGCAAGCGAAGAAACAGCUACGUGCUCUGGAAGCGAACCUAUUGAAUCAAAUCAAGAAAUAUGACACGACCAUCUAUGAGAUGCGCAAAAAGUUGGAAUCGAAGAAAGAAAUUAAAGAAACCGACAAGUUAGCUAUAGAGCCAAAGUUAUUGGCUGACUUCAAAGUACCUGAAAUACCGCUUAAGAGGAUACAGGACAUUUACAAAAGCAGCGAUUUGUUGAGAUCUAGGUCGGAAUCUGAUCUGUUAACGAGAAAUCAGCAGAAGGUCGAUUUAUCGAAAGUCGUAAUACCCAUAGCGUAUGAUGAUAGAGAUAGUUUUCAGAAACCUGCAAAAUCUGCGGAUAUCAGGAAUGCAAAAGUUUCUGAAUUAAAAGGCACUAUGGAUUUUCAUGAUAGCGCUCGAACUAUUUUUGACGAUUAUGCAUCGACGGAAGUAUAUGAGAAAAUUCGGACCACGCCUUCGGCGUCACCGACUUCGAAUGAUGCGCAUUCGGAAAAAUAUGCACUUUCUACUAAAAUCGAAGAAUUCACUGCCAAUAUGAAACAAACUAGCGCAUCGCACGUCGCGGAGGAUGCUAAAACGGAUCUCAGUACGGUGCAAACGAUGUCGGAUACAAGAUUUGAAGACCGCAGUACUAUUAACACCGAAUCGGCAGAUGUUAGAUUAAUUACUGAUGUCGAUCAAUCUCAGCCAAAGACUUCCACAAUGCUAUCCGAGAUUCCGGAAAUAAGUAAUAAGGAAAGUAUCGAAUACUCUAAAUCUAUUCCGAGCAAGUCCGAGUGUUCAACGGAAGAUGUUGCGCGUGUCACCAAUUCCGGCAUACUUACUUAUUCGAGAAAGUUGGAUUUUCUGCAGUUAAAUAAUAAGAACUUGAGCGAGGACAUAAGUUCUAUCGAAAAGGACAUUAAGGCGCUCUCAGAAAUAAUGUCGCGCCUAGGUAACGAAUCGAAUGAGAAAUCUAAAGCAAAUAAUGACGAGAGAAAUACGUCGCAAGAUAUAUCGGAAAUGAUAUCUAAAUCAGUUUUCAGUGAAGCAAUUGAUAUUAAAAAUGAGGAACAGCAAGCAGUGUCGCCCGAAAAGGAAAUCAAUACCGAAUCUCCUUCCAUAUCGUUAAAUAAUAGAAAAUCAAUACCUUCCGAUGAUUCGAGCCAUGAUAAAUAUAUAUCGGACAGAAUAAGUAGUGAAAUAUCGGCGAUAAUCCCGGAAGAAGCCUCUAUCAUCUCCAAUUCGCCUCAUGAAAUUGAUUACGAAGCCAAAAGCCGAGAGAUUAUGAAUGAAAUAGAGAAAUCUGUAGUGUCGCAACACAUCAAGAUUGCAAACGACGACAAUCCACCUUCGGUAUUAGAGAGUGGAAACGAAGAAUUGCUGAAUGAUUUGGUCUCCGAGCUCGGUAUAAAAUCGAUUUCCGAAAUUCUUUCCAAAGUGUCGGAAAGCCGAAAAAGUCUCGAUCUUGCGAAGGAUACGGCAACCCAAAUUAUCGAUGAAGAAAGAGUUAGCGAUUCGAAGAGAAGUAUAAAGGGACAAAGCGAUUUGAGUGAAGCAAUACUUGAGAAGGGCAUUGUAGAAGCUCAAACGGAAGAAGUGGCGUACCCUCUGAAACUUUCCGAGCAUUUUAGCACUACAUCACUGCAAUCUCCCAUCAUCGCCGGUCACCGUUCAAAGGAAGCGAUAUCGCAAGGUGACUCGCGGAGCGCCCCUAGCUCGAUUUCAAAUCAGAACUCGCACGUUCUUGCCGGCGAAGAUUUGAAAUCGAGGAAUAUUCUCGAGGCAGAAGUCAAAAUUGAUAUUGCUGAUGAUGUGAGAAACCUUGAUGGAAAUCAAUCACGCACGGUCAGUGCGGGAAAUGUUUCUCAGGAUAAGGACGACUGGACGACGUCCGAGUCGUUCGAAGUGCCGCAAGAUGAGAUUAGCACUGGGGUACGCGAAGAAUUCGAGAAUUCGAGAUCGGGCUUGGACGACACUUCGAAUAAUUUCUCGGAAAAGAAUGUAUCAUUACGCAUCGAUGACGCAACAAAUCAAGAAGCUGAAAGCAAUUUAAUAGGCGACAUGUCGGCCUUUCUUCCAAAGGGAGAAUCUACGAAUGUCGCUGUACAGGAUGUUACAUUUGACGAUACAUUAGCACAAUCUCAAAUUGUAAAGAGUAAUGAUGAACUUGACGACAUAUUAGACAUAAUCGCUAGAGAAAACGAUAAAGAAAAGAGUAUUUCCGAAAGCGAAAAGUUUGAUAACGUAAUCUCUGAUUCCAUGGCAGAAUUAUUAGACAGAGUUAAGGAUAUUGAGAAUGAUAGAAAUGUGGAUAAUCGUUUUAAAGGAUUCCUAUACGAUACGGAAAUCAGUAUAGAUAAUCAAACUGAAGCAAUUUCGAAUGCUUCAAUGUUAAAUGAUAAAGUGCAAAAGGUAACAGAUGUAGGAGAUGUAAGCGAAAAUAAUGUCUGUGAAGAUAAUAAAGCUAGUAAUCGUGAGGAAAUAAUAGAUACUUUGCUACGAACAGUCGACGCGACCGACGAUAAAUCUGCCAUAAAUGUUAACUUGUAUGUCGAAAUCGAUAACGAGGAGAGUCCACGUGAAGCGGUAUCGGAAGUACAGGAAAUUAUAAUAACAGAGCUGGAUUCAAGUAGCGCCGAGGAUAAUGUAUUAUCUGAACUUGAAAUCGAUGCCAAAGUCGAAUUGGCGGAAGAAGAGGAAUUUGCCACGUGCGAUGUAAAUGAGGACAAGAAUGAGCGUGUUGUAAAAGGGGACAAAGGAGACGCUGCGCCCGUAGAGAUAACGGAAUGCCUGGAACCAAUCUCGGAACAAGAUAGUUCGGAUGGCGAGCAGCUGGACAACUUAGUGGAAGUUGCUGUGAGCGAAUUGGAUUUUGUGGAAAAAAUCGUUGAAGCAUCGCACGAUUCUCCCAAGUCGGUAAUUGACGAUGCUGCAUUUACGACGCGGACUGAACGAGCUGAAGAAGAGAUUGCGGAUGAUAUAGUCAAGAAGAGUAACGAGGCCGCACCAGUGAGCGAAAACAUCAACAAAACAUUCGACAUACUGAAAGAUCCCGAGUACGAGGAUAUCUCCGAGGAGAGCCUCGAGGUGUCCGAAAUUCUGGACAAAGAUGAUCUUCCAAGGGUAGGCGUCGCGAAGAAGUCCAUUAACUUGCCGGAGAGGUAUCAAACCACCCAGAGAUCGGAGGACGUGUUGAGAAUACUGGACGAAAUCUCGCAGAAAUCGUCGUUCGAGUCUGCAAGCAAUUCGCAAAACAACGAGAGAAAUGCUCAGAGCGCGCUGAGUGCAACGGAAGAGAUCAGCGAGAUCGUGGGCGCAGAAGUUUCCGCAGGGGACGACAGUUCAUCCCCCGAGAUGAAUAGAACGACGGGCAAGUUCGAGGAAGAAUCUUGCGGGGUGGACGAGGCGAAGGGUCGAUUCUUGGAGAGAGCGAAAUUGCAGGACGGGCAAUCGGUGAAGGCUAACGAUGCGGACGGCUUGUCCGAGAAGAGAGAGGUGGUUUCUUUGAGAUUGGACGAGGACGAUAAGUCCUCUCAGAUAAUAUACGAGUUGCGCGAGAGAGUCUCGCAGCUGCAGGAGCAGAAUGGCUCGUCUGAAUCUAGCGAAGCCGGCGAUACUCCGAGAGGUGUAUCUGAGAUUGAGAUGGACUCGCCGAGAGACUUCAAUGAUUCGCGGCUGAACAUUGAUAUUCUGGACGAUGAUCUAUUGAGCGGCACUAAAGCGAACCAGAGCAUCGACAUGGAGGCCAAUUUCCAUUCCGCGUCCAUCACCACAUCCGAGAAAGACAUCGAGGCUAUGAUUCACGAAUUAAAAGCUUCAUUGGAACAACCUGGUCAGCAGGAGGUCGCCGAAUUUCAAGCUAAGCUGCUUCGAAUCGAACAAUUGCAGAUCGAGUUGGAGAUCAAGAAAUUGGAAGCGGAAGAAGUGUACUACGUUCGAGAGAUACCGAACAAGCCGCCACCUCCUUACACUCCACCUGGUCGGUUAUCGGCCGCGCUCGGUUCGCCUUCGUUGGUCACUGCCGUAAUCCCGUCAAACGUCGAGGAGCUAACGUCGUUCACCGAGAAAGCCACAGCCUUGAUAUACAACGCCAAACUGACUGGUGAGGAUAUCGCGAAUUUGGAAGCGCCUCCCGAGAUCUACGAGUUGAACGAAGACAAGAGUGAGAGGAGGGACAGACAGAUCUACAACACCUUCCUCUUCGAUCUCUGUAAGGAGACCAUCGUGGAGGUCUAUCGAUCGGAAUACGAGAAGCCCGGUCCGAGUUGGACGAAGCCGAACGUCAAGACGAAGCCCACGAUGAAGAUCCCGAGGAACGUCGAGGAGCUCACCGAGUACGUUAACAAGGAGGUCGCCACGCUAUUCGGCUUCAAGACAAAACUGCAGCGGGAGAACAUGGUGAUGCGUUGGAGCAGGAAACGCAGAGACAGGGUCGACGAGUUGUUGGCGAGGGAGGCUCAAGCCGAGGAGGACGAAUGGACGAAGUUUCAUCACGACGAAUUGGCGGUGAAGAACGGGCUCACGGUAGCUAUACUGGAUACCCUCGUGAUGGAAACUGCAAACGUAAUGAAAAUAGCAUACGGUAAGAAGAGGAGAAUGAUGGUGUAGCGAUUGUUAACCUUCGCAACUGAAUAGAGGCACCAUCUUGCAAUUCAUUGUUAAUUAAAACGAACAAAAGUGAAAAAAAUGUCCUCUCAGUCAAUGUUUCCUCAGGACUGCGUUUCGGAUGUUGCAUUACUGCAUUUGCACUUUUGUCCAUUAGUUAUCUUAAGUGUAACAUAGGCUGGUUCCUAUUUAUUUGUUAACUAUGCAAUUUGUUACUCUUCUUUCUUUUUACAUUACACUGAGCUGACGCGUGCGAAUAUUCAAAUAUAAGUAGACAAACUACAGUGAAAUAUACGAAACUGAAGUGAAAUAUAUGAAUGACAGAGAGUGAGAGAAUGAGAGUGAGUGAGUGAGUGAGAGAGAAAUGAUUAAUACUAGCCAUUCACAAUUCGAUAAUCAAAUGCCCUAGGUCAGUUUUAAAAUUUAUUUCUUGUUAACGACAAGUUUAACGAGUUUCUAGCAUUUAACGUUAAUUCCAUAUGUACGGGCUAUCAUAAAACAAGUAACGUACGAGUAAGUAAGGUGUACGGUACUAUGUGUUUCUACGAAAAUGACAGAUAUUAAUCAUCGAAUAUUACGGAGCGUUUUGUUCAAUUUAACUUACACAAAAUAAUUUAGAUUAAUAGCAGAAAUAUGAUCUCUUGUUAUGCAAGUUUUUUUUGAAUAUUUUGCUUCCAGCGCAUUAUCAAAAUAUUUACGCUGUAGUUUAUCGAAAUUGUACAAUAUAUCAUCCUAAUAGUUAUUACAUGCGAUAUCUAUGCAUCGUAAUUGAACGAAACGUUUCCUCGGAUUACCGUAUGUAAAUUGUAUUUUAGCGAAAUAGUAGCGUAUAAGUAGUGAGUUUCAAUAAGUCAUGUCGGACAGCAGUCACAUGCUCAAUUACUUGUAAUGAAAUUAACAAAAUUCAAACGGAAAGACUGACAUUUCGGGGCCAUUUUGAUCGAAAUUAUGAACCGUUGAAUGAAGUACAUAGAUGGAGAUUAUAGUAAAACGUACGUCGGCUAUACAGGGUGAGGCGCAUAAACAUUUUUAUCUUGAAGAACACUCCUCUCCCUUGUUAAUACUUCCAGAUAUCUUAAACGUGUCUUAUGUGCUUCUCCUGCAUAUUGGUUUUCGACCGUCGUGAUUAGUUCUCUUUUUCCCCCCUUUAAUAAAACCAUCCGCGUAUAUACAGGCCCUGUAAUCAUGUAGAAUACAGUCAAGAUUGAGUCCUAUAUACAGUCAUUACAUUUACUCUUUUUAUCGAUGAAACUACCUGUAAUUUGUUAAUGGACUGAUCAUCGAUCAAUAUGCGUUUUAAGUUCAGUCGCGUUGCCUUCGAUUUCGUCGCGAUUCUUUUUUUUUUCACUCGUGUAGUUUUACGUUCGUGGUUGUGAUGUAAACAUUUAAGACUUACGGGAAUGCGACGGUGGCACAUCCAGAUACUGUAACGUGCAAACGUAAACUCUUUUUACAAUCUUUCUCGAUGUUUAGCGUUACGGCGCUGAAUGUGCUCCGUCUUUGAAAUUCCUGUACGCUGUAGAAAUGUAAAUACUGCAGCGCUCAAGUGCGACGUCCAGCGUUGUUUCUUUGUACGCGGGUAACAUCGCUUUUUGUAAUUUUAAUUAGAGCGUAACUUUUACUAAAACUUACUAAAACCAUGUGCGGGGCCGCCCUGAUGAGCCUUUCUCCGUUUGCAGGGUACUCUUGUAGAGUUGUUCAUAGUUCUCUUUACAUUAGCAAUUCUCGGCCGCGUCUGUAGUUGUUACAGAGAUUGUUCACGUAUGUAGUGUUGAAUAUGUACUUAACUAAGGUAUUUUUUUAUAAUAAACUUUUUCUGAAAAGAG